UGUGCGUGUCAUCGCGCGUCCGUAAUCGCCGCGGCUUCGGCACGGCAUGGCUUCGCUGGUUGAUGAGGAGGCCCAAGAAUAUACGGGUUUAGUCAGAUCACCCGGUGGCGGUUCGCGUUACGACGCGCUCCCUUACGAUGAUGACAACGUGAACGUUGGACGGGAGGCCUUUGAGGUGGCCGGCGAAAUUCAAAUAAUCGAGCCGCGAAAGUACCGCUUCACGCCGACGGCCAGAGUCCCCACCUGCCCGCUGAGGCUCAUGCCGCUCGAUGGGUCGAGGGUGCAAGGAACGGUGGGACGCAGCUGCGUCGUGACGGCCGUCGCGCAGAAGGGCACAUGGCUCCAAGUGCGUGUGGGCGGGGCGAAGGAAGGGUGGAUGCAGAGCCAGUUCUCAGACGGGACGGUUACCCUGGCCGAGGUUGAUAGCUAUCGAAGACACGAGGAGUGGGGCGGGUUUAACCACUUUUUCUUGGGCGGGAGGGUGAUGAUGGGGAGCGACGUGAAGUGGUUCCUCAGCAGCAACAUCACGCUCACCGUUCCCGCGAUGCUCUUCAUCUGGGAAAUGUUCCAAGGGUUUCCGGUGCGCGGGGGAACGAUUCUCGGGUGGAUUGGGGUGUCGAUGUGGGCCUUCGCCAUGCUAAACCUGUGGAUGACGGCCUUGACGGACCCGGGAAUCAUCCCUCGUAACCCUUCCAACGAGCGAGCACCGCCUCCAGUGGGAGAGGCUAUUGGGUUGCAUGGCUUCAAGUACUGCGAGACUUGCAACAUUUUCCGACCCCCUAGGUCCAAGCACUGCCAGUCGUGCAACAAUUGCGUCGACAGGUUCGAUCACCACUGCCCAUGGGUCGGCAGCUGCGUGGCGGUCCGGAACUACCGCUACUUCUUCGCCUUCGUGGGGUCGACGGUGCUGCUCAUCUUUUUCAUGAUGGCGGCGGUGCUGGCGAGGCUGGUGCUGAGGGUGCUCGUGGACGGCGACGGGUCGGUGGAGAGCGUCUUGGAGGUGGUUGCGUCCGGCCCUGUGGAUCUGCUGAUGACGGCGAUGGCGCUGCUCGUGGGGAUCCCGCUGCUGAGACUCUGGUGGUACCACCUCCAGACGAUUCUUUGCAAAGGGCAGACCACGAACGAGGACAUGCGAGCCGUGUACCGAAACCACCACAACAGCUACCACAAGGGCUGCUGGCAGAACUCGGUCUCCCUGCUGUGCGCCCCCGCGCCCCGCUCCCGCCUCCCGGACCUGUCGGAACGGGUGUACGCAAAUGAGCCUCUAGCAAGCCGCGGGAGCGGCACCCGCUGGGGCGACGGGGAGCGGGGGUCUCGAACGUUCUCGUGGAUUUCUCCCGCCGGCGGAUUCGGAUUCCUGGGAGAUUCUGACGGGGACUGCUCCGACCAGCGGCAGCAGCACCACCAGCAGCACCAGGGCCGGCCGCCGCGGGUUUUGUCGGCGGGGGGUAGCAGCCGGCGGACGAACAGCGCGGGGUCGUUCGCGAGCGCGAGUUCCUUCGUCAGCUCCGCGGGGGAGGCGUUGUCGGACUUGUCCGAGUUGUCGGAUGGUGGUGGUGAUGGUGGUGAUCAGGAUGGUGAAGAAGGUGCAAACGUAAACGCGUCGUCAACGCCAGAGGGGCGGCGGGAGGAAGAAGAGGAAGGGAUGGAAGAAGCAGCGCCAGCGCUGGAGAUUAGCACCGGGGGGGAGUUGCAAUCCUCUCGAAGAAGUCCUCCUGCGGGUGAUGAACGGGAAGCGGGGAGAGGAGAGGCAGCUGACGAGGAGUCGCCACUGCUGGGAGCAUCCCGAACACCGCCUUCCGCAGCCUCCGCGGCUUCGGCGACCGCGACAGCGGCGGCGGUGGCGGUGGCGGCGGCAAGGGACGGCAGCCACUCGUCGGGCGAGCUUACGUACUCGCCGAACCCGUCCGCUGCGGUGCCCGAUCCCGAGGAGGAGGAGAUUGUCCCUUGGGCCAAAAGCAGUAGCGGCGGCGACCGAGGGAGUUACAACAACAACGCUCGGGGCCAGGGUGGGCAAGAGGCAGCGGCAGGGUUCUUUCCGCUGGAUGGGGGCAGCGACGCGGUGUUGCCGGAGGGUGAGGUGGCGGCAGCGGUGGCGGCGGCUGCUGCGGCGGCGAUGGGCGCGGCGGGUAACAGGGGCAGAGAUUCCGGGCGAAGGAGCGAUUUCAGAGCCGGCAGCACUAGCGGCAGUUCAUCGCCGCGACGGGACGGGCAGCAGCGGCAGCAUUUGUUGCCUCUAGAGAAGACCCUGCCGUGAUGACGGGCGCCCCGCCCGUGGGGGAACUUCCUACUUGACCGAUUUUGUUGGUGCGGGGUAGGUACGCACGUGGCCGUCGCCUCUACACCCUUCCUUCCAGCAGUUUUCUCGGCGCGACAGCGCUCGGUUGUGUAGGCACACGCCUGUUGGAAAGGGUUGAGGGUUUUCACAGUGUUGGGUUUGACGUGAGAGAGCUACAGCGGUUUUUGUUGUUAUGAUAGUUACAGUGCUGUUGGUCUUGCUUUCUUUUGUGUUCUUUACAUGACCCGAUUUGUGUUUUUUUGCGUCCUUCCUGCUGCUUUUGUCGUCGCACAGCUUCGGCGCAUUUUUUCGUUUGCGUCCGGUCGGUGCAGCGUUAUUCAGUCUGUCUCAUACUUUGUAAGGCCCCGUUGAUGCACACAAACGUUGUUGUAGGAGUUCCUAGGUGUGUUGUGCUUGCGUCGCAUUUGAAUUAUGGAACGUCACUUUUCUGCUUUGACCUCUGUCGGUGUAAUCAAUCACAGUGGCAGUAUAUUUUCAUCACUGCCACUACACCACGCGUGGCCAUAGGUGGUAUUUUGUAUUCCCUUGCCUGCGUUUGCUUUUCGCGUGCAUGUUGUGUUUUGUUUUGUUUGUCAAGUGUCGCAGAAGCUUGUUUAGAAUAUCGAUAUUUUGGGCACUUUGUUGCGUCCUUUGUGUUUGUGGGCGUUUUGGUGGUAGGUGACGACUGGAUUAGAGACUCGGUGGUGGACACAAGUGAAAAAUGGGUCAUCACGUGGUGGAUGGUGGCGGUGGUGGUGGCGUUUCGAUUUUCGAUUUUCGGAACACUACCGAUCGCGCCGAUUUAUGUAUUAAUUUAUUUUUAGUUUUUAUCUAGCAGUAGAAAUGUCUGAUCAUCCUCUUGUAUACCCGUAGAUUGACCGUUAACCGGGAUACAUUCCGAUUCUCGGAUUUCAUGGGAGUCCCCCCCCCCACCCGAUAGUUUUGUGUUUAGUUCGCAACACAAAUCACUUGUGUCCAAAUUUUUGUGCUGUUACAUUGGUUGGGAGGGCGAGACGAUGUACCCAUGCAGUGGCUCAGGACUUUCGAAGCUCCGCAACGGGGUUCACAGCGGGCGGUGGGUGCAACCCCAAUAACGAGUGUAGCAUUGAGCUAAGAAGCCGGAGGGAGGGAGGCUACACACCGCCGCAUGAAGUGCUUCUUACGCAGUGAGUCGACGGCGCGGCGGAUGUUUUUUGGUCCGCACAACGAAGAAAACGCAUGGCACCAACCUCUUGGUUCAAUUAGGGAAGGUUUACGAUUUUCUUGGUGAAAAUCCUUGUUCCCGACGCGGAGAAGACGCUUUUCGUCUGUCGGUGAUUGCCCGUAGCAACCCCACCGCUCGGCAGGUUUAGGUGCAACAAAUGUAAAGUUGAUUUUUGAGUAGCGGUGAACGCACCUCUUGUCGAUCCGUUGACUGCCGCAGCUCCUCGUCCGUUUCGUUGUGCGUCCGAUCGACAACAAUACACGCCAAAAAGCGAGGGCCAGUAGCGAUUGAGGGAAGAGCUGCUUUUGAGUACGGAAUGAUUUUCUUUGUAUGUAAUCGUGCGAGAACCCUGUGGCAGAAGUGGACGAGAGCUGGAAAAUCCCUGAGGGGGCCUUUACACUGUCAGCAACUCAUGGCGUGGUCUUAUAUGAUAGGAGAAAGACUUACGACGUGGCUGUUGGCACGCGCACUGUCCUAAUGAAGGGCACGAUCACUUCGUGGACAAAACAAGCGCCAUAAAAAGCAGCAGCGGCAGAUUUAAAGUCAUCAAUCACCCUUGUAGUCUGUAGGCCACCGGGGAAAGGGGGCAUUCCGCCUUUGGCUUCGUCAAUGUUUGGUGGUCGAGUCAACGCACUUAACUCGACCCAAAAUCCUAGCCAAUUCAAAUAAUCGCUAAGGCAAGCAAUUCUCCAAUUAUCGUCGCACAUUGCGGAAGCCCAUUUACGUCUAUUGAACCCUGUUGCUUGGGUUGGUGAGGCUCUGGACUCUUUUUUUUUUCAUAUCCCCUCUCUCGUGGAGACCAUACUCAAGGCCCGCACCACCCAGCGCCGCGUACCUACCGAGUCAUCUAGGAAGCCGGGGUGUGCCGGACGCCUUCCUGCUUGAAGGGCCGACGACUUAUUAAGACAACCUGCCUUCCACCACACCACUUGAAUCAAUCUAGAACUUUUCAGGCCCUUGUGAUACUCCUGCCGUGUGCAUCACGAACUUUGAGGUUCUCUACGCGAGGGGAGGCGGGAGUGAAGAAAGCAUUACAUUUGAUAGUGAAAUGAGGUCGUCACACUCUUCGCGAAAAACCCACAUGCGCCGCGAAGCGGGGGGCGAAGGGGGGGGGG